CGCCUGAUCCGCUUGGGUAGCGCUUCGCAACAAGUGCAUUGGGUACAGCUAGUUGAUCCCUGGGAGAUAGCUUGUUACGCAGAUUUGUCUGUCCAGGACUGAGUGGUCGUGUCAUAGCCUGUGCCACAGAUCGCCUCACAAGGACCUCCGUUCUGCAGAGACUUACAGCAACACAAACCGCAAACAUGGGCUCACUGGAACUCCCACAACCCGACUACGAUGUCCUCAUCAUUGGAGCCGGUCUCUCAGGCUGCUACGCCUGCCACCGAAUGCAACAACUGAAUCUCAAAGUCAAAGUUCUCGAAGCAGGCUCAUCCGUCGGAGGAACAUGGUACUGGAAUCGCUACCCUGGCUGCAGAUUCGACUGCGAAUCCUACAGCUACAACUUCUUCUGGUGCAAGGAAGUCCUUGAUGAGUGGACCUGGAGCGAGCACUUCGCCCCGCAAGAAGAAACAGAACGGUAUAUCCAGUUCAUCUGCAACAAGUAUGAUCUCUGGAAAAGCAUGCAGUUCGACACGCGGGUGAAAAGUGCGCAUUGGCAGAGUGAGGGAGGAUUUUGGAGGAUUGCCGAUGAGACGAAGAGAGAGUACACUGCGCGCUUCCUCAUCACAGGUAUCGGGCUGUUGAGUGACCCGACGCUGCCGAAUAUUAUCGGCGUGGAGGACUUCAAGGGUGAGGCUUUCCAUACGUCGAGAUGGCCAAGGCAGAAGGUAAGCUUUGAAGGGAAGAACGUGGGUGUGAUUGGGGUGGGGGCGACGGCGAUACAGAUUAUUCCUGAGGUAGCGAAGGCGGCGAAGAGUUUGACGGUGUUUCAACGCACGCCUAAUUGGGCUAUCCCAUUGCACAACUCUCCAAUUGACGAAGAGGGGAUGAAAGAGAUCCGAGCUGCAUAUCCGGAAACGCUCAACAAGAUCAACACAAACAGACUCAGUUUUCUCCAUGGAGACGGUGAUGAGUCGAUCUGGGACUACACGCCAGAGGAAAGAGAGGCGUUCUGGGAGUACAUGUACGCACAGCCAGGCUUCGGAUUCUGGGUGUCGAAUUAUAAAGAGACACUGAAAGACCGGGAGGCCAAUGCGUUGGUGAGCGAGUUUGUGGCGAAGAAGAUCAGGCAGCGUGUGCAUGAUGCAUGGACAGCGGAGAAAUUGAUACCUAAGACAUAUGGCUUCGGACUCAGACGGGUCCCGAUGGAGACAAACUUCUACGAAGCCUUUAACCGGCCGAACGUACGCCUUGUCGAUCUACUCGAAACUCCAAUUACUCGUGUCAAAGAGAAAUCCGUGCAGACAUCACAGGAGAAUAUCGAGCUCGACAUGUUGAUCUAUGCAACUGGUUUCUCCGCAAUCACUGGCGCCUUCGAUGCGAUCGACUUUCGCGGCACCAACAACCACCGACUUCUCGACGAAUGGAAAGACGGCCCUCGAACAUAUUUGGGUCUCACAGUGCAGCACUUCCCGAACAUGUUCAUGUCUAUCGGGCCUCACCAAGCAUACGGAAACAUCCCAGCCAGCAUAGAGUAUGCUGUAGGAUGGAUUGCUGAAUGCAUCGAGUUCCUACACAACCACAACAUUUCGUACAUUGAAGCCAAAGAAGAGGGUGUGCGGAACUGGACUGAGCAUGUCCACGAGCUGGGCCAAGGUCUGCUGAGCAACGAGGUAGACUCAUGGCUUACCGGCGUGAAUAAGAACGUUGCUGGGAAGCAAAAGCGGAUUAUAGCCCGGUAUAGCGGUGCUGCACCAGACUUUAGAAGACAGUGCAAUGUGGUGGCUGAUGCGAAGUAUGUGGCGUUCGAAUUACGGUAGACUUGCAAUAUGCGUUUGUUUCCCAAGGCUGGCUUGGAGGGACUUAGGGAACCCUUAACUUAUGCAUAGCUUUGGUGGGAGAUAUGA